CGGCACGGCCUGCAGGAGCCGUGCACGCUGGCGCCGCUCCUGCGCACCUUGUGCACGAUGUGAGAGUAGCAGUAGACCACCGCUAGGAGCAUCAGGCCGGUGCGCGCGGGUGACUCGGCACGCAGCAGCACGUCCUGCGCUGCGAGCGUUUCGCAGGUGCGCUCCGCGGGGUCGUACGCCACCACCUUGCUCCUGCCCAGGUGCACGUUGAGCAGCAUCACGGAGGGCACCACCACCCAGACGACGGCGGUGCGCGCCACGAUGAAGCAGGCGGUGUCCACCAGCGCGACCUCGUGCACGAUCUUGAGGAGGCUGGCUGGCUGAUCUGCAAGAACAAACUUCACACACCAAGAUGAUGUCACACCUCUUCUCUGCUACCCAUCAAGUCAUAUGAGAGCCCACACUCGAUGAGUGUGCGGGACACGCGACAACGCACGAGGGAGCGACGAGGAGGAGAGUGACGGGCCAAGCUCGCCUCUGUGUGGCGCCCAGCGGCACGGAGUCGCGGUGGUGAAACGACUCAAACGGCACUUAGGAAGCAGCAUGUUUGUAUCGGCACCAUGGACAGCCCGGAGUAUUUGGACUUGGAUGCCAUCGACUUCAGCGAGGAGGGGAUUUCGGAUGCCGCCUCAGUCUGCGACAGCUCCUCAGGAAGACCCUGUGGGGAACUCGGCUCCCCAAGCAACAGCAGUGUUUUGGGUGGUUCUCUUCACAAGCUCAACCCAGCCGUGCCUGGAAUGUUCUUAGAAAGCAAAUACCGGCCUGUGAAACGUGUACCCCCUCUCACCCACCAGCCGCCGGAAACUGGCCCAGCUUUGCCUCUCAAGCCUCAGCAUCCUGUCUCAGCAGGGCACAGUAGCUCGUCGCUCCUCAAGCCUCAACAUCCAGCGGUGACUGGGAGCGUAUCAAGCCCUCUAAAAAAGCACGCAUCACAGCAGCCAGGGGCUGUGCAGCCUAAAGUCCUGGCCCAAAUUGGGCACGAUGCACAGCUGGGUAUGAGCAUGGGCAAGCAGGGUGGUUCAAGCUUGUUUGCGGAUGCCAAAGUGGACCAAAGCAAAGCCACGGACAUUGGUGUCAAGAUGGGGCUCAUCGGGUCUCCAGAGCGCCAGAGCAAGGCCCGGGCUUCUCCGUACAGCUUCCAAUUCUUGUGGAAGUCCCUCGGAGAACUGGAACACUACGAUUUAGAGUUAGAUGAAAUUUUGGACGUUCCAUAUGCAAAUUACCAGUCAGCUGCCAUGGACACAGGCGAGGAGCGAAAGCCCGAGCCUCAGUGCAAGCUUGACAGGGCACAGAGCUCGGGUCUUUGUUUGUCUGCCACAGAAGCUCAAUGGGACCCAGUGAACGGCAAAGCUGUGACGAGCCAGAGCCACACGGCCCCACAGACCAAAGCGGACGUGCACACAAGCUCAGACGAAAACGGCAAAGGCAAGGACAGACAGGGAUGCACACAACCGCACGAGAUCGAUGUACAUGAGCAAGACCUCUUAGAAGCAACGACGACAGGUCUCACGGUUGGCUCUUCAUCAGGUGGGGCAUUCAAGUGUCCCGAAGCAGAAGUAAUCAGCCAAACUCUACCCAGGGUUCUGAAUUCCAUCUCGGAGUGUGCGGAGGGCGAGGAGGAGAGAGGGGCGGCUUGUCAGAGUGUUACGAAGGAGCAUGCCGCUCGCGGUGCGAUGGGAAUAGAAGUACUGAUGCCCCAGCCAGAAGAGAUGACCAAGGCAAGGAGCAUCAUCACUGCUAUUGCGGAGGGCCAUGUUUCCCUAUUGCGCAAGCAGCUGUCGGAGAGCGCGGAGAGGAUCCGUGACGAGGGGGCAAACAACGUCCUGCACAUGGCAGCCGCCAGCGGGCAGCUCGAGUGCCUUCAGUACCUGGCCUCUGCCCUCCCCGAGGACGGGCUUUUGGAGCGGAAUGCAGAGGGCCUCACACCCACGGCCACCGCCAUCAAGAACGGUCAUCUGGAGAGCGUCAUGUGGCUGGUGUCGGAGACCGAGGCGGGCGCCGAACUGAGCGUCUCCGUGGAGAGGCCCGCGCUGAUACACUUUGCGGCACGCUUUGGACAGGAGCGGAUCCUGGUGUGGCUGCUGCAGUACAUGCAGGAGGAGGGAGUGUCCCUGGACGGCCUGGACCCGGACGGAAACAGCGCGGCGCACGUGGCCGCUCGCGAGGGCCACCUGGCCUGCUUGCAGACCUUGGUGGAGUACGGAGCGAGCGUGACGACGCUCAACAAAGUCGGGCAGAAGCCGCUGCAGUGCGCAGAGAAGCACAGGCACCCGACGUGCGCUCGCUACCUGGUGGUGGUGGAGACUUGCAUGUCACUGGCAUCCCAGGUGGUCAAGCUUACCAAGCAGCUCCGAGAGAAAACGUCUGAAAUUGUGAAGCUGCAGAGCCAACUGCAGGUCCUUACGAGUGGGCAGGCAUCGGCCAGCAUUCCAGACAAGGUCCACCCGGCACGGUGGUCUGGAUCGUCGCCUGAUUACAGCAGGAGUUCGGGAAGCUCUCCAGAAUCUACGCAGCUCAGCAGCGUUGGCCGAAGCGCAUCACAAGAACUUGUAAAUGCAAAACCCAUUGGCGGGCAGACGGGCGGGCACGGCAGCCAUCUACCCCCCAAAGCAGGCCAGGGAUUGUUUCAGGGGGCAGAGGACACCGAUACGGUGCUCAGAAACCUCCUGGGUGAGGAGAUCUCUGGACAGAUGCUAAAGGAUGAGAAGCUGUCACUCGAGUUUCCGGAUAAAGACAAAAAAAGAUUCAUCCAAAGGCAGCUGCACAACAGAAAGGCAGCUGGCCCUGGUGCUGGCAGGCCGGGCUACGUCGGCGGCAGCCCCUCGGACGGGAGACCUUCCAGCAGCUCCAGCACAGACUCCAGCUCGCCAGUCAACCAGCAGAGGCCCAGGCCGCGGCCCAUCGUGGAGAAAGGCGAGAACCUGCACUUUGUGCUCAAAAAGCACGCCUUCGAUGGAGGCAGGGCCCAGAGCUCCUCGUCGCCAGACAGCGCGGGCCAGGGAAGCGACCCCGGCGCCUGGUCCGCCCCCAAGAUGUCGCGCUCCGUCUCGCUGGACAGCGGCACGGCGCAGACGGAGGGCGGCUCGUCGUCGAGCGCCUCCACGCCCGAGUUGCGCUCGCCCAAGUCGGAGCGCCGCUGCAGCCCCAAGAGCGCCCUCAAGUCGCCGACGUCUCGGGGCAAGAGCCUGUCGGGCACCAAGCUGCGCGUGACGUUUGAGGAGCCCCUGGUGCACGUGGCGCCGCCACCGGAGCCGACGCAGCCGUCCGCCGAGCCGUCUGCGGACGGUGGCGCGGGCCCGCGGGGCGGCGGCUCGCCGUCACAGCCGGCUAAUAACAUCUACUCUGUCAGUGCAUGCCGCAUGCUGGAUCAGAGUAAAUGCUCGGGCGCACAAAGUUGUGAAAGCUCUCACGAGGAGGAGGAGGUCAUCCGGAUAAAAGCUGGGACAGACAAAGGUCCUGCUGAAGCCCAAGAAUUCUUCUUGUGACCGUUCUCUACAGAGCCUGCCUGGUUUCAUCGUUGAAUGCACUGCUAAGCCAUGACCCCUACAGUCAUUUGGUCUUCCAAGUAGAGAUGUCUCAUGGAAUUUUAACAUCUCAGUGGCUAAGUUAUGAAAAGAAACGACCACGGACUUGUACAUUUUUUUUUCCCGGAGAGAUUGAAAGCACAUGUUGGGUGACAUUGACGAUGUUUGACAAUUGCAUUGUUUUCACGCCAUUAACAACCCCACAGUCUUCCCAAAGAAGUGGUGCUGUACAUAGAGCGCGUACCAAAGUUUCCCAGAGCCACUACAUUAAAAAACUUCCGUCGACACAACGAUGUUUAGAUUCAUGAACUCUGUGACCUGCAGAAACCCGGCCACUCACCUGGUGACACCAUGGAAAUAUUCAUUUUGAAAUAUGGUACCUGCUAUGUGGACUGCAAUUUUAAAUGACACCGGGUUUGCUAGGAUUAUGAGAGACUUCAAAUGUACAAAGAAAUGUAAAAAUAAACCCACAACAACGUUUAGACACUUUGUAACAUAAAUUGUGUUUAUUUUUUACAUCAGGUGGACUUUUUUUAACUAGGUAAUGUUAUAGCUUGUUAUCUUUUUCUAAGGCUUCUGAUGUAACAGCACUGCAGCCUUACAUUUCCCGCAGCAGUGUCUUUUUAAAAAUGAAAAUUCUAACAAGGACGAAAAGAUCACUUCAUCGUUUUUAUUCUUGGCAUGUGAUGCAAUGCAACAUUUUUUUCUAACUAUAUUUAACAAAGGACUUCAACUGUAUUAUUAAAUGUAUGUCUUUUUUUUCCUUUCGUUUUAAUGCUUCCUGACUACGGUUGAAAGCAUUUAUACUUUAGUUCUGUCAGUCCAUCUGUAAUGGGAGGGGGGGGGGAGGCAUUAUGAAUCUCAUGAAGUUGAUCCAAUUCGUAUAAAAUCUUACUUUAAAUUUGCCUCGCUAUUAGCCACUUAGUCUGAGAGAAAUCCGGCUAAAUCGAUCAAAAAGGGGCUGACCAAAACGUGACGAUAGAAAACCAGCGCAAGAAGGUUGAUCUGUGCCCACCAAGAUGAUGAUGUCACGUGUGAUGUGCGCGCACCUUGCCCCCGCUUCCCGACGGCACCAUUAAGUGUGAUGCGAACGUGCGACGUCACAUGACAUGCGACGUCACAUGACGCGUGGCUUGGAAUGUAACGUCAUUAUCGCUAAUUCAAUACUCAUGAGGGCAAACGUGUGUUUGGAAAGCGCAUUCAGGAUCCAUGCACAUUCAUGAUUUUUCUUCCUUGUAAGUUUUAUUCGAUGAUGGUUCACUGGCCAUGACAGAUAAUUUGUGUAGAACAUAUUUUUUUUUUACCAAUGGAUUAAUGUACUUAUAACUUCCGGUAUAAAAUCAUAUAUUUUAUUACGUUAAUUAGCCAACAUGAUGAACUACAUCAUUUUUCUUAGAAGAUAAUAAUUUAUGAUUUUAACAAAUAGCCCAUGAUUGCAAAUAACAGAAAAGGAUGGAACUUUUAAGUCUACUUGCAUUUUACAUAGAAAUAAUUACUUUAAUUGGGUUAGCUUCAAAGUGGUGACAUUUUUUCUUCUAGGUUAUGAAAAUAAUAAUCCACUCCCGAAUUUAUAUUGUGCACUAUUCAUCGGUGGCCAUGGUUUGUUCAUCAUUUCCGUCUGAUAAAGCUGCAAAGAUCCAGGUGACAGCUUAACACCUUCUAAUUCUGACAACACAAAGUGCUCGAUUAGAGUUCGUGGUAUGUUUGUAAUCUCAUCGCCAUAUCUGUAAUCCAACAUGUUUUUAAUGAUUGCCAACAAAUUCCUGUUGUCUGCCUCUUCGUAGAAGCAUCGCUGUAUUUGUUGAAUGUUUGGCUGCUGUGAGUGCAACACACAAUCAUUUACACACGACUGCUCUUUCAAAGAUCAGAAGGCCUCACUGUAUUUGUACUUGUGUAAUACUUCACAAUGCACUUAGGGGGUCGAGCCUCAAAUAUACUAAUAUCUAGCCACCUGAUAAUAGGUUUUUCCCUUUUUUUUGGCAACAAAACAGGUGUUAAGAUGUUAAAACACCAAACGGAAACCUGUUACAAAGAAUCAUGUCUGCAUUAACCACAAUGCUUGUGGUCAGAAUGCAAACAAAAACAUACUCUGAUAAUAUAUGCAUUGUCCUUGCAAUUGAUUGGUCCACACCAGAGACAGCUUUCUCUUGAGCCUCGUCUCAAAUGGUGUUAGACCAGAGGACGCCAAAACCUAGCCGUCUAUUAUUUUAGAGGGUAAGCUAUGGAAUAGAUUUACUUGGAAAUCUUCCUUUUGACACUAAUCCCAUUUAAUACCACACAACAGCCUAACCUCCAUAAGCCGGAGCGUAUGACUCGGGUUAAAGGUAGAGUACCACUUGUUCAUGUUGGCACACUUAAUCCCUUGUUAGAGCCCAACCUGUCAAGCCAGUGGGUAAACAUCAGACAUCAAGAUACAACAUUAAGUGUUUGUUAUUAACAUUUUGAAUCCUUUUCUGUUACAAUUUUACAAUUUACUGCGAUGCACUGACACACGUUAUUUUACAGAUACGUUGCCGAGAUACGGCUAUGCUCAGGACUACCACCAAUCGGCUCGUAUUGCAGUGCGCUGUGGCGAUGGCACCACGUGCUGCAAAUGCGGUUUGUUUUCUCUAACAGAUAUCUGUGGCUCGUCGUUCAUUUGCGUUUAUUGGCAGGCAAUACCAACUCCAGGUUCGCAAAGUUCGCACAACCAGAUAGGUAGCACCUGGAAUACAUCACGUCUAUUUCAUAAUAUCGAGUGCUGUCAUGACGUUUAUGGUUUAUGUCAACAUCUUAUGCCCCAUCUUCAAUCAAUUUGAGGGCAAAGUCACAAAUAUUGCUCAGUUGUAAUUGUGUUUAGCAGCUUCACUUAGAUCCAGGCAAAUUGAUUUGAUCUGAGGGCAUUAAGCAAUUCUUUGUCACACCUGCCAAAUUUGUAUUUAAUGGCUAAAUCUGCGGAUCACCAUUUUUCUUAUUUAACUUACCUUUCAGUUCAGCAUAUAAAGCAAAAACGUUGCAAAUCUGAAGAGUAGCGUUUGUUCGACCGCUAAAUCGCACACUUAAUCUAGCUUUGGCCAGCACAUCGAGCAUCACCUCGUCAUGUGACAGGGAUUUAUCCCGGUGUUCAAUGUAGUUUCCAAGUUAAAAGCAGAAUUGCUCGACAAACAAGCAUCGUUCAGUAUAUCAACAGUAGCAUAAUGAUGAUGAACAUUGGAACAACUAUAGUUCAAUAAAUUAACACAAUUAUAAUUCAGCCAUCCGUGAUUAGGUGUCUAUUUUGAGAAAUUACAACCGAAUAAUUAAAUUAAAUAUAUGUGCUGGUUCUCCAAGUCAGUUGGCAACCUUUAAAAUAAUUAAAUACUUGCAUUUCGAAAAGGGUUUUUUGUUUUCUGGUGUUUGGUCUCGUUGCUUAUCCUUCACCGCGUUUGUUUACAGGGUUGAAGCGGAAUGGCAACCAUCUUUCAAUCAAUAAGUUGCGGUUUGGUGACCCUGCCCUUUCUCGAUGAACACAAUGUGUGCGUACAAAUAACUGUUGCGUAGCAAACGUACGUUCAGUAUUUUAUGAGCUUUAUUUUUCUAGUGGGAAUAAAAUGCCACUUCUCAUCUCUGUGUGCCCUGGCCUUAAAAAAAUGAAUACAAUACAAGCACUAUAUUGAAAUGUCAAUGCCCAGAAAUGGUGUAAAAAGUGUUACUACAUAGAAGAAAAUUAUUUGUAUUGGAAGUAGUUAUGAACAGUUUAAAUGAUAGAAUUUCUGAAAAUAUCUUUGAUAUUUUGGCCACAUUUAAGAAUAGCAUGUGUUACGAAUUUAUUGGGACAAAAAAAAUUAAGUUGACUUAAAAAUUCAGAAAGGUCCAUAAACCAAACGUUAUUUUUUCCCUCUUUAUAUCUAAAUAUGAUUUCUAAACACAAGUGAUGUUUGAACUACGGUGUUGCUGUAACACAAUUGAACACGAUCUCUUAAUAUAACCUUUGUUUUUGUUAUUCCUGAUAAAUUGCCCAUCGGUAUUUGGAUUAUAUUUAUCAGUGGAUGUGUCUAUGUGCUAGCUCUACAGUUCCCUAAAGGCAAGCCACAAGGUGCAUGUCUGCAGUUUCUAAAAAAACAAGCGAAGAUGCUGAUAUGUGUUUUUUUGACUUUCCACCUGUAUAUGUAUCACAUUGUAAAAUAUACUGUUAA